ACACAAGAGAUAAUCAAUCCACAUUUCUGACGGACGACUAUAAUGAUGAGCUGGAUCAUUUGCCCGGAUUGUGGGUUUGUGUUCUUCGGGUCUGUCAUAAUUAAAUUACAUUCCACAUUUUCCUUCUUCGAUGUUUUCGAGACAAGGGGUUCUAAACCAAACCCCAUCACCGAACAAUCAUUAGGCUAGUAGGGUUUCUUGAUUUCUUCUGGACCCUAUAUGGCUUCUUCAUCAUCGAACAAGUCUUGCCUCUAUUGCAAGGACUCUUCCUCCGAUUGCUUUAGCAAUGGAUGGAAACUCCGCAACGGUGAAUUCGCCCAGCUCUGCAAUCGCUGCUCCCAUUUAUACAAUACGGGACGAUUCUGUGUAACAUUUCAUUCAAAAGAAAAUGGUUGGAGGAACUGUAACUCUUGUGGGAAGUUUGUCCAUUGUGGAUGUAUUAUGUCACUUGGUGAGUAUUCGCUGUCGGAUUUCCAUGGGGUGAUAUGCACGGACUGUUCAAGGACUGAAUGCAUUAGCCAGGAAUCGGAAUCAUUGAUUCCGUUGUUUGAGAAAGUACUGACUGCUAGUGAUACCGGUACCAAGUUAGGCCGGUUUAUAAUUCCAAAAGAACAUGCAGAGGUGAAGAAAGGCAAAGAAUUUACAGAUCAUUUCCCAGAAGUUAAUGAUCCUCAAGGGAUCCCAAUGAGUGUAUUGGAUACAGCAGGAGAUACAGUGGCUUUUUGUGCAAGGGAGUCGGAUAGAAAGUUUGUGAUGGAUGUGAGGAAAAGUGGCUAG